AUGUUGGGUAAGUUAAUAAAAAUAAAUAAUCUAACCAAAAAAAAUGUUUCAGAAUCACGCAUCCUGGAUUGAAGGAGUCCAGUGGAAUCUGGCAUAAUCGCCGACCACGUGAAAUGAUUAAUGGAUUCGUUCUACAAAAUGAACUGAUGAAGAUUAUGCAAUCAAAUGCUACAGUAAUGUUAGAUGAUGAGCUGGAAUUAGAAUUACAUGUAUUCAAUGAUGUUCGGGGUGGCUGUGUCGAUGACAACUCAAAUGAUUUCUUUGAUGAAGAAUCGGGUCUCAAAUCGAUCAUAAUCACCAAAGGAAAAUGUCUACUGAAAGCGAUAGUAUUUGGAAAAUCGCAUUUUCUACAUUAUUCUGCUGAAUCACAAUCGGACAAACAAAAAACCGGAAAUACAUGGUCAAAUAGAAAAAAGAACCAAGGCUCCAGCAUAGAUUAUUCAGUCAGCAGCUACGAACAUCAACUAAAAAUUCCAUCAACUGAAACACAUUCUCUGGAGGAUCUCAAGGCAAUUGCAGCAAAAGACAAAUCUUGGAGAUUUAUUCUAUGGACCAGGCCGUAUAAUUCGACCAAAUAUAAAGUCUUUAUGAAUCUUAAUCCUAAUUCGCGCCGAAUAUGUUCGAUUGCCUUCGGCUCUGGACCAAUCGUGAGUUUUUACGAAGUUUAGUAAGAAAUAAGAAUUUUUUAUAGAUAUUGUCCCAAAUGUCAUAAAUUUCACGAUGAUGCGAAUCAUAAUCGAAACUGUAUGAAGAAAUGCCGAAAUUGUGGUCGACAAAAUUGUAAUGGGGCAUCGAUGAAUAAACAAGAAUGUCUAGACUGUCACAAAUUCUUUGACAAAUCAAUAUGUUUCUUGGCCCACAAGAAAGAGCAGAGCCGAAAUCCGAAUUGAUGUGGAUCACGAGGUGAACGCUGUAGCUCUGAAAUCGGUAUGCGAUCUGUGUAUGCCUCAGAAUGGAGCUGGUUGUCAGGAAUGUCCAAAGCCUCGAUAUAUUGCUUAUAAUACAAUUCAAGCUGGUGAAACUGUCAUCGAAGCGUUCACCAAUUUGUUGUUGAAAGAAGUUGCAUAUCAUGAUCGCACUUUCAUAGCUCACAUUGGAGGUCGAUAUGAUUUGCAUUUUAUUUUAAGCAGUAUUUAUCACAAGUGUCUGGACCGUCUCAGCAUCAUUGCUCAAGGAAGAAAUAUUCUUUCGACUACCGUGGAUAUUUCGAACAUUCCAAGUAGUUCCAAAAAUCGAGGUGCAAAUCGGCAAGAAGUUGCUCACGUGGAACAUCUCCUCAAGAAUAAGUCAAUGGCUGAAGUGGAUGCAUCGAGGACACAAAGGACUAUUGGAUUCAACAAAAUAAGAUUCAUAGAUAGUUACAACUUCCUGAAUAUGUCGUUAGAAUCUAUGCCAAAAGCUUCCGGAUUCGAUGAAGAUGUGAAGGGAUUCUUCCCCUAA